CCCCGCAGCACUGGUCCCCCGAUGCCCCGCGCUGGAAGUAGCGGAGUUGUGCGCGAAUCGAAUCGUCAUCUGCCGCCAAACUCAUCUCCUGGGAAUGGCGCUGUGAUGUGGCUUCAGGGGCCCUUGUGAUUCGUACCAGCACUACCCUGAACGUGCACAGGUUGCGCAACGCGAUGCGAUGCUUGCCUGUACCAUUCGGGCGUCGCGGUCAACCUUGGGACCCGAAAAAAAAAUGCAGCAUGGCGGCAACGUGUGCCUGUACCAGUGCGGCAGGCGGUCAUCCUUAUCCUUUGGACCGCAGAUCAAAUUGAAUAGCUCUUGACGGUCCUGGACCGAGCGUGAGGCAGGAGCGUGAGUCGGCACUGGACCGAGCGUGCGGCAGCAGGGGAUCGGCCCUGGCUGGGCCGCGCAUUGAGGUAGCAGGGGUUCUCUUCCGAAAUCAACUAUGAGGACGGACACCGCGCUAGCAUCGCGACUGGAUUCAGCAGCAUGACCUGGUUGAACACCUAGUACAGACCUAGUCAGCAGGACUGGUAGCAGCACUCGCUGGCAUAGCCACUGGAUUCAGCAGCAUAACCUGGUUGAACACCUAGUCAGGACCUAGUCAGCAGGACUGGUAGCAGCGCUGGUAUGACCUGGCUGAACUCCAUAGCAUGGGGAAGCAUCACCUGAUUCGAGUAUGGCCCUCAAACUCCGCUUCAAAGGAAAAAGGCAGCGGAUUGCCAGGUUGAAUACUUAUAGCAGAUUGAGUUGCUGAGGCUGUUCAGCAACACAAGCGGAUAAAAUGUAUUGUAGACGAUCGACAUAUCCGCUGCAAACACACUACGCCACAAGAUCUGAACACUUUGGCGUCGCGGGUGAUCAUUGCCAACUUUUCCUGAAAUCCCGGGCAGCCGCACCCAAGAGUUGGAAACUUGGCAUCCAACAAGGUGCGGUGACAGACCGUGCGGUGGCCCUGAAAUCCUGUUGGAGCUCACCGCACGGUCCGUCCGUCACCGCACGGUUCUUGGACCUCGGAGGCUCCAAUCGCCAAAGACAACCUCGGAGAACGACUCGAGUCCUCAAAUCGUUCUUGUUAGAAGAAAGGGGAAGGCUGAGGGGACACGAAUCGGACAGCAAAUCCUCCCGCUCGCAGAGCCAACAGUGCUGGCCAAACGCAUAGUGUGCUCGCCCCAUGACGGCCUCCAACCGUUUAUAUAAGACACACACACACACACACGGCGACGCCGAGCGUAGCGGACUCGAGCCCACAAAUCGUGCGGUCACCCGGAAUCCCCCCUGCCUCACCCCACGGUGUGGCCACCGCACAAAUCCGGGAGGCCCCGAGCGAACCCACACACCCCCGCUGCCCCAAGAGCAGUGCCCCCGCUGCCCGCGGAGCGCGGGGGCCUCGUCGACAGCGACCUCCCUGCGUGGCUGGGGCGGGCGUGGGCGGGCGCCUCCGCGGACGGGCGCGCGGGCCUGACUGGCUCGCUGUCCGACUGGCUCGGGCCCGCGGAGCACCGGAUGAUCCUGCGGUCGUCGAGGUCGGGCGGCCCGUGGCCGAUGCUCCGGCCCAGAUGGCUCCCGGCCGUCGAGGUCGUCGACGUCUGUCGCGCUUGCGGUCGCCGAGGCUGGUCGGGCUCGCGAUGCUCGUCCAGCCCGGGGACUGGGACGGACGCGGCCCUCCGCCUGCGGUGCUCGUUGCGAACGGGGCGGACGCUGCCCGCCACAGAGGAGGACCGCCCGCUCUCGACGGCGCCCGGGCUGGCCCGCUGGAUCCCGGCGCCCACCCCGGAAGGCCUCGGGGACUCCUCGGAAGUGUCGAAGGUCGACUCGGCGUCGCUCGUCGACGCGGUGCCACUCGUCUGGCCGCCCACUGCCCCGCUGCCGACCAGCUCCACUCGGGGCCCCUCGGGCGCCGUGGGCGCCUCGGCCGCGUGCCGGCCCGGCGUGCCGCCGCAGGGGCGAGCCUCGGAGAGCCUCCGGCCGAGCCUCUUCAGCUCGAGGAAGUCGUGGAGGGUCACCAGAGGCCCGGGAGGCGGCCGGAGCCCAUGGGGCCUGCGGACCGCGCCGGGGCCGAGGGUGCCCGAGCCCGGCGCGGCGGCACCGCGGCCGCCAGGCGGUGCGCCAGCGGCGGAGCGCCCGCGGGCCAGCCUGGGAGCCGAGGGCUGCCUCGGCGCGGGCGGCGCGCUGGGCGCCUCCGCCCACGCUGUCGCCGGCCUUGGGCGCGGGAGCUGCUCGCUGGCGGGCGCGAGCGCGGCGCCAGCGAGGCUCGCCAUCCCAGCUUUCGGGGCGUCGAGGGCCAGGGAUCCUAAGCUGCAGGUCAGGGGCGCUCUGAGAGGAAAGUCACCCCCAACGAUUGCUGGAGCAAAAACGGCCUGAGCCAAAACGGCUUGAGCCAAAAUGGUUACGGGCCUCUCGUGGGCCGUCUUGGGGCCCUCAUGGGCCGUCUUGGAGCCC